AUGCGGUUAUCUCCCAGAGAAGUGGACAAGUUCGCCGUGGCGCAAGCCGCUCACUUGGCGCAGAAAAGACUGGCGUCAGGGAUUCGUCUCAAUCACCCCGAGGCGACGGCGUUGCUCGCGAACCAGAUUCUCGAGCUCAUUCGAGAAGGUCCGGAAAACGGAAGCGAACAGUCCGUCGCACAGAUUGUGGAGAAGGCGAGAACGAUUUUGGGGACGCGACAAGUCUUACCCGGCGUUGCGACGUUAUGCGGGGAAGUCCAAGUUGAAGGGACGUUUACGGACGGAACGAAAUUAGUCUCGGUGCACGGGCCGAUUUGCCGCGAAGAUGGAGAUUUGGCGUUGGCGUUGAAAGGAUCGUUUUUACCGGUACCGUCCGCGGAUGCGUUUCCAAAGACGACGUCGUCGGAUUUGAUUCCAGGCGAGUUAGAAACUGUCAAAGGUAGUUUGACGCUUUUGGAAGGAAGAAAAGUGAAAACUUUGCUCGUGACAAACACGUGCGAUCGACCGAUUCAAGUCGGCAGUCACUUUCAUUUGGUGGAAACGAACAAGUCGUUGCGCAUCGAUCGAGUGAAGGCGUGCGGGUAUAAGCUCGCCAUUCCAGCAGGCACGGCUGUUCGAUUUGAGCCAGGGGAAACGAAAAAAGUUCAAAUUUGCCCAAUCGGAGGUAACUGCGUCGUAAAAGGUGGGAAUAACGUCUGCGAUGGCAUGAAAAUAACCUAUCCUCUCAGCGAAAAGGACCAAAAGAAAGUGUUGGAUUCGGUGACAAAAAUCAUGGGCGUCAACGCGCACCAGAGCGAAGACGACGACGAAGAGUCGAGCGACGCGAUCACUUUACCAAGAUCCAAGUACGCGGACAUGUACGGUCCGACGACCGGCGAUCGCGUUCGCUUAGGCGAUACGGAUUUAUACAUCACGGUGGAGAAGGAUUACGCCACCUUAGGCGACGAGUGUAAGUUUGGCGGAGGUAAAACGCUUCGAGAAGGCAUGGGGCAAAACGCCGGUUUAGGCGCGAAUGAUACUUUAGAUUGCGUCGUCACGAACGCGCUCGUCGUCGAUUACACUGGAAUAUUUAAAUGCGAUAUUGGUAUCAACGGCGGUAUGAUUGUUGGCAUUGGCAAAGCCGGUAACCCGGACGUCAUGGAAAACGUAACCCCGGGGAUGGUUGUCGGCGUGAACACGGAGGUCAUCUCCGCCGAAGGUUUGAUUGUCACCGCGGGUGGUUUAGACACGCACGUGCACUUUAUUUGUCCACAAAUUUUGACCGAAGCUAUCGCGAGCGGUUUGACGACUUUGUUAGGCGGUGGAACGGGACCAGCCACGGGCACGUGCGCGACAACCUGUACGCCGGCGCCGGAACAGAUGAAGAUGAUGUUACAAAGCACGGAUACGUUUCCCAUGAAUUUCGGGUUUACGGGUAAAGGCAACACGUCCGACCAUAAAGGGUCUGGCUUGAACGAAAUCGUCGAAGCUGGGGCAGUUGGUUUAAAACUCCAUGAAGAUUGGGGGACGACUCCGGCGGCUAUCGAUGCGUGCUUAACCGUCGCGGAAAAGGAAGAUAUUGCGGUGACUAUCCACACCGAUACGCUCAACGAAUCGUGUUGCGUGGAAACAUCGAUUGAAGCGUUCAAAGGACGAACAAUUCACACGUACCACAGCGAAGGUGCCGGCGGUGGUCACGCUCCGGAUAUUAUCAAAGUUGCGGGUGAGCUUGCCGUGUUACCCUCAUCCACGAACCCGACGAGACCGUUCACCAAGAACACCAUCGACGAGCACUUGGACAUGCUCAUGCAUUGUCAUCAUUUGGACAAGAAUAUUGCCGAAGACGUUGCGUUUGCGGAGUCAAGAAUUCGCGCGGAAACGAUCGCCGCGGAAGAUGUUUUGCACGAUAUGGGCGCGUUAUCUAUCAUGUCUUCCGAUUCUCAAGCCAUGGGUCGCGUCGGCGAAGUCAUCACGCGCACGUGGCAAACGGCGCACAAGAAUAAGCAGCAACGAGGUCCUUUGCCAGAAGACGAGGGGACGAAUAGCGACAACUUCCGUGUGAAGCGAUACAUUGCGAAAUAUACAAUCAAUCCGUCCUUAGCACACGGAAUGUCGCACUUGAUUGGUUCUGUUGAGGUUGGUAAGCUCGCCGAUUUGUGCUUGUGGAAACCAAGCUUCUUUGGCGCCAAGCCGGAACUCAUCGUCAAGGGUGGUCUCGUCGCUUGGGCGCAAAUGGGCGACGCUAACGCGUCUAUUCCAUCGCCAGAGCCAGUUAUUUCUCGUCCAAUGUUUGCUGCCUCAAACGUGGGUAAAAGUUCGAUCGCAUUCGUGAGUAAGCUCGCGGCGAAAAAAUCCGUCGGAAAGACGUACGGUUUGCAAAAACGCGUCGAGCCUGUGUGCAACAUUCGCGGUGUCACGAAGAAAGACAUGAAACUGAACGACGUCAUGCCAAAGAUUGAAGUCGAUCCGGAGACGUACAAGGUGACCGCAGACGGCGUUGAAUUGAAGUGCGAACCGGCCCAAGAGUUGCCGUUGGCGCAAAGAUACUUCUUGUUCUAG